UUCCCGAGACGCUUCCUACAAGCCUAGCCGGCACUUCAGUGUACUUACCGUCAGAGUGCAGUGCAGUCGCGCGGUAGCAACAUGGCGGGCGUGUUGUUUGAGGAUAUUUUCAAUGUGAAAGAUAUCGAUCCGGAAGGCAAAAAAUUCGACAGGGUGAGCAGACUACACUGUGAAUCUGAAUCCUUCAAAAUGGACCUUAUCUUGGACAUCAACAGUUGGUUAUAUCCCAUGGAGUUAGGUGACAAGUUCCGCCUCGUGCUGGCGACGACGUUACGCGAGGAUGGAUAUCCAGAUGGCAACGAAUGGAACCCCAUGGAACAAGAAGGCUCCAGAGCGGACAGCUUCGAAUAUGUCAUGUCCGGCAAAGUGUAUCGGAUUGAAGGCGACGAAGCCAGCAACGAGCCGAGCAGUAGAUUAUCAGCCUAUGUAUCUUUUGGAGGUCUAUUGAUGAGGCUACAGGGCGAUGCGAACAAUCUGCAUGGUUUCGAGAUAGAUCAACAUAUGUACCUGCUGAUGAAGAAACUUGCAUUUUAAUAUUUCCAUCAUUCGCACUAGCCAUCGAUUUUUUCGGAGAAUUCCUCUAUUAAAUAUAUCUAUCCUUGCAGAAACUCACAUUUUUGUAUCAUAAAUAUGUAUACUUGACUAUGUACAAAUGAUACCAAUAAGAAUUGUCGUUUUGCUAUUUUCUACAAAAA